UUUGACUGGCUGCGACAUUGCUUGCUGGAAGCACUGUACAACCUUCUAAAUAAGGAAAUCGCUAUGUUUUCUCGCUUUCCCCAAGGGCAAUCUAAUUCCCGAAUAGCUGCAAGUAUUUUAUUUCUUCUUGAUCACUUUUCUGUAUGUAAUGGAGAACCCUAACUUGGACGAUAUCACUACCAACAAUCAGCAACGACCACGAUCAACUUCAGUGCAGUCUUCAAGAUCAUGGCCACUGUUGCCUGUACUUCAAGUUACAACCACUGGAAGUAGCAGUAAUGAUGCCCACUUAAACAAUCGUCAAACCGAAGUCAUCAACGAACCCAUUAUGGAAGCAGACAGUAAAAAUGCCUCUAGUAACAGCACAACCUCUGAUUCAGAGACUAGCUCAGAGUAUGAAGACAUACUUGAACAGGAUUUACCCAGACGUCAUAGCUGUACUAGACAGCUCACUGGGAAAAAGAGCACGACGGCAAGUAAAAAGAGUGAUUCCGCCGGAACUCUUGUUGAAGCUGCAUUAGAGCAACCUGAGGCUAGAGAACGACACGUUCGAUUUGGAGAUCAUAUUUUGGAAGCCGGGCAUCUUGUUGAACGUAUGUUGAGUACGAGAAUCGAAAAUGACGUGGAACCAUCUAGUCACAAUUAUCACACGCAUACAAUUGACGAAGACUCGAUCUAUUUAAGGGAUGGAUCCAUUGAGGACGGCAGAUCACCUAGCUCUCCGACUGCCGCUACCGGAAGUGUAUUAGCUAGUUUGAUGAAAUUAGAAAGUCAAAGGAGACAAGCCAUUUUGACGAAACAAAAGAGUGUUAAACGAAAAAAGUCAAAAAAGGGCCCAAAGAACAAAAUGCGGAAGCCAAGAUCCAUGUACAACCUGCAGCCCAGCUUUAGUUCCGACGGACUUACUCCGUCAACCAAUACAAGGCCAAACUUGACGCAUCGCCCCACCAGUUGGCUAUCCACGCUGACAACAAGCAACCAUCUUGUUCCUAGCCUACAAAAACGAAAAAUGACAAGUGCUGUGAGCAUGUCACGAAGGUCAUCGAUUGAUAGCAUGUUCACAACAGCUUCUCAAUUUGAACCUAUAACACUCGAAGAUCGCAUCCGUAUCACAUUUGAAAUUGCAAAUAUCUUACAAAAGCAAGAGUUUUUACGAAAGCUAGUCAAAGCACUCAUGUUGUAUGGUGCACCAGCACAUAGACUGGAAUAUAUCUUGCGCCAAGUAUCUCGUACGCUUGGUGUAGAUGCUGAAUAUGUGUAUAUACCCAAUGUUAUGUUCUUGACAUUCUUUGAUCAAUCUACGCAUACAACAGAAACACAUUUUAUUCGAUGCCCGCAAAAUUUUGAUAUGCAUAAACUAGGUGAAAUCUUUCGCUUGGAGAAACUAGUGUCACAUGGAGAAGUCUCGGUAGAUGAGGCCUUGGAAUUCAUAGACCAGGUUGCUGAUGAACCGCCUUUUUAUCCUAUUUGGCUUAACCCAAUCGUCUAUGCUAUUGCAAGCUUUUGUGGCUGUGUCAUGUUUUAUGGUGGCCAAUUCAAAGAAGGUGGUCUGUCUGCUGCUUUAGCCAUCUUUUUUGCUCUUUAUGAGCUAUUCACUGGUCGCUAUUUAAGUUUCCAGCCUAUAUGGGAAAUUACUGUGUGUAUAUUUAUUGGAUUUGUGUCAAGAGCUGUCUGGAGAUAUGGGUUCUGUUUCACACCGGUUGCUUUUGCUUCAUUUAUUAUCAUAUUACCAGGUUACUCUAUGGCAGUAUCUAUUAUCGAACUAGUUUCUCGUCAGGUUGUAAGCGGGGUUGUCAGAAUGGUAUAUGCAAUCGUCUAUUCCUUCUUGUUGGGAUAUGGUAUCGAAAUGGGCUCUGAAUUAUUUGGCACCAUUGACCAAGAAUCUGUCUCUGCUCAAGGUGGGGCUGCUGCUUGUCGAGAUGCGAUUGGAUCUAAUACGUGCAGGACCAUCAUUUCAAAAUGGUUUUAUUUUCUAACUGUGCCACUAUUUGCCGUUGCUUACUGCGUCUAUCUUCGUGCGCGUCCGGCUAGAUGGCCGACUAUGAUUUUUGUUGCAGCUGCUGGUUUCGUAACAACUUAUGCCUUGGCCUGUUAUACUAAUGCGCCAAGUCAGGUCUUACAAGUUGUUCCUGCCUUUGUUGUCGGUCUUUUGGGAAAUAUUUUAAGCAAGACGACUGGAAAGAUGUCUUUGGAUGCAGUGAUCUUGGGUAUAUUCUACAUGGUUCCGGGUAGUUUAGGUUUGAAAGCGGCUCUUGGAUUUUUUGGACAGAAUGGACAAGGAGAAUUUGCAAACCAAGGAGCGGGCUUUGCAUUAAGUAUGAUUGAAACGUCAAUUGGUAUCUCUGUAGGACUGUUUGUUGCAACCCUUAUUGUAUACCCUAAAGGCACUCAACAUACACCACUCAUGAGUUUUUAAACUGCAAAAUUUUUAUUUAUAUAGAAUUACUAGACUAGUGCUUACUAUUGUAAUGCCAUAAUUUAUAACAAUAUAUACUUUAUCCCUCAUACAUACUCUUACACUUUAAAAAAUGAAUAUAAAAAGUCCGU